AUGGAGGCUGCCCUGGUGAGUGGAUUCAUCAAAAUUAUUGUGCCAAGGCUGUUUUCUCUCUCAAGUGAGAAGUACAAGCUGCACAAGAGGGUCAAAGGUAACGUCGAAUUCCUGCAGCAUGAGCUUGAGAUGAUUGCUAGAACUAUUGAUGACCAGAUCUCCAGGGGAGAGCAUCUUAGCUCAGCGCGAACUCAGUGGAUCCAGGAGCUGCGUCAACUGGCCUAUGAGAUUGAGGACUGCAUAGACCGCUACGUGUAUCGUCUCACCUACAAGCAGAAAGCAUCGUCCAUCCGUCGGGCCACCAUGGUACUUCCCAGCUCCCAGUUCGCCGACGAGAUCCGGAAGCUCCGGAAGAAAGUCAAGGAACCAUGCGAGCGCAUACGGAGGUACACAUCCGAUUCUCAGUGGUCUACUCCGGUUGAGCAGCCGGCGCCUGCGUAUGUUCCGCACACCAAGAAGGCCGACCUCGUCGGAAUCGACAUGCCGCAAGAGGAGCUCUUGGAGCUCCUGGAAGAUAACGAGGACGAAAGGGGAAGGAAGGUUAUCUCCAUCGUUGGGUUCAAUGGGGUAGGGAAGACCGUUCUUGCUGAGCAGGUGUAUGAUAGCGAUGCUGCUAAGCAGUUCAGUCCGAAGGCUUGGAUUGAUGCACAGGAUAAGGAUGCCAAGGAUAUUGUAUUAUCCCUUCACUCAAGUCUUGGUCUUCACAAUGAACCACAGGGUACCAGCAACGUCAAACUCCUAAGCUCAAAACUUGAAGGGUACUUGCAAGAUAAGAGGUACCUUAUUGUGAUUGAUGACAUGAGGACUGAACUCUGGAGUACUAUAGGAUCAGCCUUCCCUGAUAACAAGGGUCUCAGUUGCAGAAUAAUAGUGACAACGCCUAUUCAGUCAAUAGCUUAUGCUUGCAGCUCUGAAGACCGCUAUAUCUACAAAAUGAGAGGACUUGGUCAGAAACAUUCAGCACAACUGUUCAAGAGGAAAGGGCCAAAAGUUGAACUCGAGCAAACACAGAUUUUGAAGAAAUGUGAUGGUCUACCACUUGCCCUUGUUAGCAUAGCCCAGUUCAUGUCCAAAACGUGUGUGCCAAAUGGAACAAGCUGUAAAGAUGUGUGCAACAGGCUAGGCUACUAUUUGGAGACGGACAAAGAUACCUUGGCAAGGAUGCAAGGGGUGCUAGCAAAGAACUAUGCAAGCCUGCAUGGGCAUGAGCUCAAAGCAUGCUUGCUAUAUUUGGGUUUGUUCCCAAGUGAGCAUCCAAUCAGGAAGAAGAGGUUGUUAAGGCGUUGGUUAGCUGAAGGCCUUGUAGAAACACAAGACCUUGCAGUGAUGAAUUUUCAGGAAUUCAUAGACCGGAAUAUCACCAUGCCCAUUGAUGUGAGCUACAAUGAAAAGGUGAAGACAUGCAGAACCUGUGGAAUGAUGCUCGAGUUCAUUAUACGCAAGUCCGUCUCUCAAGAUUUCAUUACCCUAUGUUGUGACGGCAUAGUAAAGUUGCUCUGUGAUCAGAGGGGGCAACCUAAAUGUGUCCGUCGGCUCUGUCUCCAUCGUGGUGGUACAGCCAAUGUGAGUUUUGGUAAUGUAUCACUUGUCCGAUCGCUGACGAUCUUCAAUGAGGCAGAUGAAACUUUGGUGGAUUUUGGGAACUGUCAGCUACUACGUGUUUUAGAUCUUGAAGAAUGCAACAAUUUGAGUGAAGAAAAACUUACAGGAAUUUGCAACUUGCUGCUGCUGAAGUACCUUAGCCUGGGAGGAACAAUUACAAAACUUCCAAGAGAGAUUGCAAAUCUGGAAUUUUUGCAGACACUCGACAUAAGGAGAACAAAUGUCAGAACACUGCCCAUAGACGUCAUGUCACUUCCCUUUCUCGUCCAUCUGCUUGGAAAAUUUAGGCUCACUGGUAAAGCUAAACAAAUGAGUAAGGCAGAACAGUUUUUCUCAUCAAGGAAAAGCAACUUGCAGACGUUGGCAGGAUUUAUCGUUGGUGAAAGUGAAGGAUUUCUGCAGCUACUGAGUCAUAUGAACAAUCUGCGAAAGAUCAAAGCAUGGUGUGAGUCUAUUUCCAGCAGCAGUGGCACAGUUCAUCUUGUGGAGGCUGUUCAAAAGUACAUCCAAGAUGACGAUGAAGAGGAGCAGACUAACCAGGAUGACCGCUCCCUGUCACUUCAUUUUGAGGUUUCCUCUUUGGACUUCCAUUCAUUGAAAGGCCCCUGCUAUCUUAGCUCACUGAAAUUGCAUGGCAUGUUAGGGACGGCAUUGCCACCGUUUGUUUCAUUAUUGCGUGGUCUCCGUGAGUUGUGCCUUUCAACGAGCACCCUGACAGCAGAUAUCCUGGCUACAGUGAGCAAAUUACGCUACUUGCAAUAUCUCAAGCUGAUUGCAGACCAGCUUGAAGAAUUCAUCAUAGAAGCAGGGGCAUUCCCGAAGCUGCUGCGCCUGUGUCUUGUGCUUCAACAACCGACAAAUAAUAUCCUGGUAAUCAAAGAGGGGGCUCUAUCAAAGCUUGUCGCACUUCAGCUGCUUUUUAAAGGUCUAAAUGGCCCUUCUGGCAUCAAGAUCGCACACCUGAAAUCCCUUAAGGAAGUUACACUUCAUCCUGAUCAAACUAUAAAACUGGAUCAAUGGCAACAAGCAGCUAGGGAUCAUCCAAACAGGCCCAAUAUUCGACUUCUGAGCACCGUUGAUCCAAUGGAUAUUGAUGCUGCACAGAAUUAUCCUCUGCGAGAUGAGAAAUCAACUACUGAGAAUGUCACACAAAGGCCACUUCAGGAUCAAUCCAGUUCAUCUUCCAGACUCAAAGUACCACAGGAAAAUGAUGACGUGAUGAAAUCUAGGUCUGAAGAAAUCAAGAAAAUGAGUCUCAACCAUGAAUAUUCUCUCGCUUCAAUGGACCUGUCCAAUGUCGCAUGUGCUACCAAUCUUAGUAGCACGACAUGCUAG